UUUACUCAUCUUCUUCGUUAGCACUCACCGAUAGAGAAAAACCCCAAAAUCAUGUCUAAGAAAGCGAUGGAAGUUGUAAAAGGUUUAGAUCUACAAAGGUACAUGGGCAGAUGGUAUGAAAUAGCUUCAUUCCCAUCGAGGUUUCAGCCCAAAGAUGGGAUCAACACAAGGGCUACAUACACAUUGAAAGACGAUGGCACUGUUAAUGUUCUAAACGAGACUUGGAGUGGUGGCAAGAGAGGAUUCAUUGAAGGAACUGCUUAUAAAGCUGAUCCUAAAAGCGAUGAAGCGAAAUUGAAGGUGAAAUUCUACGUUCCACCAUUUUUGCCCAUCAUACCUGUUACAGGUGAUUACUGGGUGUUGUAUCUUGAUGAUGAUUAUCAGUAUGCUCUGAUAGGUCAGCCUUCCAGGAGUUAUCUCUGGAUACUAUGCAGGCAAACUCAUCUUGACGAUGAGAUAUACAACCAACUUGUUCAGAAGGCGACGGAAGAAGGGUAUGAUGUGAGCAAACUGAAGAAGACAACACAGACAGAACCACCGCCGGAAUCUGAAGAUGCACCGGCGGACACCAAAGGGAUUUGGUGGUUUAAAUCAUUAUUUGGCAAAUAGACCUUGAAAACAAGAACACUCUUAAUAAAUGAACGUAUAUUGAUGUUGAAUUCAGUUGAAGUGUGGAAGAAUGUAGUGGUUAUGUAGUUGUACAUAUUGCUUUACUUGUGUGUGGUACAACUUCUUUCUAGUUCAUAUGGGAAUGAUUAAUGAAAAUGUUAUUGGUGUUUGAA